CAGAGAAAGGUAUAAAUUUCCUACUCACUAUAAGUUUUAGUACGUGAUUCUGGGCAAGAUAAUCAUGUUAGGAUGUUAAAAUUUUUAUUUUCGCUGCCUAUCCUUGCAUGGUUACCUUUCAAUGUUUAUUUGAUUAUAAUACGGCCUGCGUGUCGUGCCUUAUCUCAUAAACUCUUGUUGUAAAUAUAUUUCUCUCUCUUACCUCAACCGAGGAUUCUUUUCUUACGUGGUGGUUAGAAGACGAAAAGAUUUGAAGACCGUUUGAAGAAAUCUAAAAGAAUGGAGAUAGCCCAAAGUCUAAGUGACCGGAAGCCAUGGGAGCUAUCGUUUUAUUUUUCUUUUAGGGGCCACAAUCAUUACACGUUUAUUUACUGCGUUUUGUGAAUGCAUGUUGAAUGUAUGUUGAACGCUAGUAAUGGACAUGUGCGCGGCCAUGUCGAUAGGUGAGAUCGAAAUUAUAAAUCCCUCACGAAUAUUAAGUCUCAUGCCUUCUGACGCCCGGCACCUAUCCGGCUAAUGUACACUGUCAUGUACUCAGCCUCAGCAGAGCAUAGUACGGUGUAUGUUAAGCUGGUUACGGGAACCGCCAUAGCGUGGUUGCUGUCGCACGUUGGGUUAGACUUAACUGAGUCUCGGUCAAAUGGAUGGACGACUCAGAGGCAGUAAGUUUGGGUCAUCAAUGACAAGUCGGAUGAUUUUACUCACUCAUCCAGCCAGGAGUUGGAUCUUUAUGAUUUAAUUGGAACUCUAUUCCUAACCAAAGUAGUCUGCUUGUAAGACUUGCCUCAGCCAAUUACAAGUACGGCGAAAAGGUGUCCUGGUCCGGUUGUAGUAAUAUUGUUCGCCCAACACCAGACAAAGAGCUGAGAGCCCCGCUCAUCAGUUGGAACUAUGUUCCUACCUAAAUAGUUUUCUUGUAGAGUAACGCCCAAGCGGAACGCAAGAUAAUGAAAUAUGGAUCUUGGCCCACUAGAGGUUUCACCGGAAAUCUCCGAAUCAAUAUCGAGGGUUAUUGAUUUGUUAAAAAUAGUGGGAGAUAAUUAAUUAAAGGCCUAAUUAAUUAUUAAACAUGAUAGAUAACCUAGUUUGCAAAAUUUUCUGUAGAUGGCAAACAACAACAACCCUUUCAACUUGCGUUACAUCCUGGAAAAUAACAAGUUAUCCGGGACCAACUUUCUUGACUGGGAGAUGAACCUCCGAAUCGUUCUUAACUGUGAGAGGAAACUCUACAUCCUCGAAACGAAUCCUCCCAAGACCCCUGAUGCUAAUGCUCGUGCGUCCGAACUCACUUCCUUCAAGAAGUAUGAGGACGACGCACGAGAUGUAAAGUGUAUCAUUAUGGCCAGUAUGACCGCGGAGCUCCAAAGGCUCCACGCGGACAUGGAAGUGCGUCCUAUGAUACAAUGCUUAAGAGACCUUUACCAGGGUCAACCCCAAAACUCAGGUAUUUACGUUAUCGAAGUCAAUAUGUCUGAUAUCACCUCUUGGGUGAUGGAUACUGGAUGUGGUUCUCACAUCUGUACUUCUAUGCAGAACUUGCAUGAAUGUAGACAAUUGACGGAGGGAGAGAUACAACUAAAAGUCGGCAAUGGCGCACUCGUCUAUGCAUUGGCCGUCGGAACCUAUAGUUUAUCUCUACCUAGUGGUCUAAUAUUGCAUUUGAAUAAUUGUCUGUUUGUACCUAGUAUGAGCAGAAACAUCAUUUCUCACGGCACUUUGAAAUAAAAAGAGGGUGAAGAUUAUCAUUUUGAUUGUGUGUGUCAUUCGGCCAUAUUUUUUAGAGAGAAGAAAUGUUAUUUUAAGUGUUCCAUUAAUAUCAUUUUGUGUAUAGAAAAUAUCUAUAAUAUUUUCUAAAUAUUAUUAGAAAUAUUUUCUAUAGAAAUAUACAAGAUUAUUAUUA